AUGAGCAUGCAAAACGUUAUCGUCGUACCAGUAGCAGGCGAAGGUGCUCGACAGCCUGGUCAGGAUACAACAGAGAUCGCUUCGACGAUUCAACAUGCAUUGGAAGAGAGUGCGCAUCCAAAGCAGCCGCAACCUGGACCGUUGAAGCAGAUCAUUGCCCAUCAAGAGUCGCUUUACCAGUACAUCAACUGGGAUGACCCGACCCGUACCUUGGGCUCUUACAUCGGCGUUCUCAGUCUACUGUUUGGUGCACACUAUCUCCCGCUUACCCAGAUGGCCCUGAAGGGUGGAGUGACUGCCCUGGGAUUGGUAUCGGUUACCGAAUCCGCCAGCCGCAUGCUGGGCAACCGCUCUUUGUCCGCUCAGCUACGGCCAAAGGAGUACAAGACGUUCCCAGAGCCGACCCUCAACGCUACACUGAAGGAUAUCCAUGACUUUGUGCAGUAUGCUGCAGUUCAGGCUCAAAGGAUUGUCUUUGGGCAGGACCUACAGAAGACUUUUGCUUCCUUCCUCGGCCUGACAGCUCUAUACUGGCUCAUCAAAGUCGUCUCUCCCUUCUGGCUCGCCGUCCUAGCUGUAACUUCCGUCUACGCCGCCCCGCUCAUCACCUCCCCCCGCGGCCGCGAAAUCGCCCGCGAAGCCGGCACAAACGCCCAGGAACUCGCGGCGGCCGCCACCCACAACGGCCGCAUGCUCGCCCACGACGCCAGCGCCAACGCUCAGAAACUCGCCAACACCGAAACCGGGCGCGCAGCUACAAACAGCAUCAGCUCCGGUGCGCAGGAAGUAGCAAACCAGGGAAAUGCACUAGCGCAGAAGGGUAAACAAACAGCCUCCGACCUCUCUUCCCAAGCCAAAAGCACCGCCUCCGACCUCUCCUCCAAAGCCCAAGGCACCGCCUCCUCCGUCUCCAAUUCCGCAACCGGAUCUCUCAAGCACGCCCAAAAAGCCUCCUCAAACGCAGCGCAAAGGACCGUCGACACUGCCACCUCAGCUGCCAACCACGCUGCCAACCAUGCCGCUUCAACCGCCAACCAAGCCGCCAACCACACCAAGGAAUAUACAAACGCCCACGGCCCCACUGUCUACUCUUCUUCCCCUACCAGCACCAGCCAUGCCAACGACAGAGCGCAAGUAAGGGGACCAGAAGGCGACAGAGCCACUCCCCGCGGCGUCGUCGUUGCGCAGUCGGGCUACACGGGUGCGAAGGUGACGGAGGCGCAGGAGCCGGCGGUUAUGUAUACGACGGCGAGGGAUGAGGCUUUGGAACGGAGGGUGCUGGAGAGGUCGAGGGGGGUUGUGUGA